CUACUGCUGCUGCUGCAUGAGGAAAUGCACUGAGAGUGCGAGGGCGCAGUUAGCUUCAGAAAGAGAUGCCAACCGUGUAUUAAACGACGACAUUGUACAUGUUAGACAGACACAUUUGUUUAGAUUCAGCGCUCUGCCUGCGGAGUUAACUUUGUGGGUUUUACGAGAUGAGGGCCCUGACUUUGCAGCAGGCAACUAUGGCUCAAGGAGAGCAGCAGCAGGCCACAUGUGGGAGAAGUUUGUCUUCCAACUAUGCUCCUCCGAGUCUGGAGAAUAAGUUCUUAACUCAGACCUCCAUGGUGAUGCCCCAGCGCUCUUCUCCGCUCAUAGACUUUGCAGCACAACCUUCUUCCUGCUCCUCUCUCCAACCCUCCAGCCUGUCUUCCACAUCAUCCUUCCUUCUCUCCACCUGUUCCUUCGCGCCUUCCCUCACCUCUCCCCUCCUCAGCACCCAGAACAAGCUCCUAACUAGUGAUUCACCUCGCCUCUCAUUUUCCUUAACUUCCUCUGUCCCUGAUGACUCUCUGUUUUCCACAUCCAUGGCCAGCACUGCUCUGCUCAAUCGCUUUGCCCAUCCUCCUUCCUUCCUGCAUAAUGGUCAGGGCGGAGAACAGCAGACGGAUGUUGCAGGAGACGAAGGCAGAGAGGAAAUAUGUGUGAUGGAGUCCUGUGCUGAAGAAACAAGUGUGCAGCACUCUGAGGGAGAUGAUGCUCUGUCUGAUGAAGGGGAGGAGAUGGAGCUUAAUGCUGGCUCAACCAUGGAAUUACCUGUUCUGGAAACAGAGCUGGUCAACCAGGAACUGGAACAGACUGUGGUCAUUGGACAGGAGGAAUUUGCAGAGUUUCAUGGAGGAAAUGAAACAAUUGAGGAGGAACUGAAGGAUAAAAAGUAUCUCCUGCUGAAUGUGGUGUGCUGCUCUCUGGUCAAUAAGAGCACAGCUCCAGGCCAGAAGGAGUGGGACUCAGAGAACAGUGUUUGGACCAGGAUCAUAAACCUGGCAAAGGACAUUUCUGUCCAUGACCCACAGUUUCUUCUCAAGUUGGCAGUUUACACUCGACAGGAGUUGAACAUCCGCAUCACAGCAAACUUCUUACUGGCUGUGGCUGCCAAUCAGCCCUGCACCAAGCCUCAUGUCCGCAGAUACUUCUGUGCUGCUGUACAGCUGCCCUCCGACUGGCUGGAAGUAGUCAGAAUCUACAGCACAUGCUUCAGCCACUCCCUGCCCAUGUGCCUGAAGAAGGCAAUGGCUGACAAGUUCAAGCAGUUCAGCGAGUAUCAACUGGCCAAAUACAACACACGCAAACAACGCUGUAAACACAACCGCAACAGGAGCAAAGGCAAGAAACCAAGUGGUCAGCAGCUGAAACAGUGGGCGCAAACGCUCAGAUCAGAUGCGUCUAUUCUGACGAAGUUUCUGCAGCUCGAGGGCAACAAAGUGGUGGAUAAAAAACAGAGCGAGUUCAGUAUGAAGAAGAUGAUCAAGAGGCUUCACAUUAAAGAACCGGCCGAACACGUCAUGGCCAUUCUGGGACGAAAGUAUCCUGCUGACCUGAAGGCGUUCACCCACAGCGGGAUGCAGGGUGUGUGGGACAGGGAGCGAGCCGGGCAGCGAAUGAAGCUCAAGCAGCCACAGACGUGGGAACGGCUGCUCAGUCUGCAGGGCAACAAGGCCGCCAGCUGGGAGAAACUCAUAGACAACAAGUCUCUUCCCUUCAUGGCCAUGCUGAGGAACCUGAGGAACAUGAUCACUCAGGGCAUCAGUGAGAAUCAUCACAAGAUGAUCCUCAGCAGACUGACCAACAAGAAAGCAGUGACUCAGAGCCGACAGUUUCCCUUCAGAUUCCUUGCUGCCUACAAGGUCAUCAUGGAGCUUCAGAGUUUGGCCUCCAUACCGGCGAUUCCCUCUGUAACAGAAAUCCUGAAGGGCAUCCUGAAGAAGAUUCCCAAGAGCCGGCGCUUCAAGAGUUUGGACUGGGAGACGACCAAAAGGAACAGGAUAAGGGUGACGCGUGGAGUCCCGUUUAUCAAUCGACUAUACCAAUUAAGGAAGACCCAGCUCAUCAAGGCCAAUCAGAGGCUGUACUCUGUUGCUCUGUUGGACCGUUACCGUAAAGCUCUGGAGACGGCGGUUCAGAUCUCCUGCCGUUACAAUGUGCCCCCGCUGCCCGGACGGACCGUUAUACUCCUCAACAGUAACAUGCGUGAUGAUAACAGCUGGAGCAAGAAGCAGGACUUCUGUCUCCCACCUGACCCCCAGCAAAAAAGGGAGGAGGAGGAGGAGGAAGAAGAAGAAGAGGAAAAGGAGGAAAAGGAAGAAAAGGAAGAGGAGGUCAGGAGGACAAAGAAGAAGAAAAAGGAGGAGGAUGACAACAAGCUCACACCUUCUAUAAUGGAGGUGGGGGUUCUGCUUUCUCUGAUGAUCAGCAGCAGUGCCGAGGACAGCCAUUUUUACUUAACCGGCUGGAGAAGCUUUGGAGAAGUCAAGCUGAAGUCUGACGUCCUUUUGGAAAAUGUCAGAAGUGUCAAGGAGCGAAUAAAGGAAGAUGAAAAUAUGUCAAAUGACAGUGAUGACAGUUACCUCCACAAACUAUUUUCCAAGUCAAACAAGUUCGACAACAUCAUCGUGCUCACUGACACAUGGGUCGAUCAAACAGUCGAGUUCAUCAUCGAGAGAUACAGGAAGGAAAUAAACAACAAAGUCCUCAUGGUGCAAGUCUUCUUGUCAGACCACGACUCACAAUACCCCUCGGACAGGAACCUUGUGAAGCUGAUGGGCUUCAGUGAGCAAAUGUUGAGGUUCGUGGCGGAACGAGGAUCUUCCAGGCUGCUGGACCACGUGGAUCAUUUGGACAAACUGUACAACGUCCCACCACCAGAGGGAGCUAAAGGUCCUCAGGCCUCAAACAAUGUCGUCCCAAUACCAGCUAGCCCCAAGUUAAGGUGGCGAGGCGUGCGAGUGUUUAUCUCCUCCACCUUCAGGGACAUGCACGCCGAGCGCGACAUCUUGGUGCGGAGCGUCUUCCCGGAGCUCCGGCGUCGCGCUGCGCAACACUGCCUCUACCUGCAGGAGGUGGAGCUGCGUUGGGGUGUGACGGAGGAGGAGUCGGGUCGAGCCACCGAGCUGUGCCUGUCAGAGGUGUGUCGCAGCCAGAUGAUGGUAGGAAUCCUGGGGGAGAGAUACGGCCUGGUGCCGUCCAAACCUGUCCUCCCUGACCUGCCGCAGUACAGCUGGCUGGCGUCGGCCCCAGGAGGUCUGUCCAUCACAGAGAUGGAGAUCCGUCAGUUUCAGGCUCUUUUUCCCGACACAGCACACCAGCGGAUGUUCUGCUACUUCAGAGAUCCAAAUAUCACCAAGUCAGUUCCGGUGGCUUGGAAAUCAGACUUUGCUCCCGAAUCGAAGGAGGCCGAGUCUAAAAUGGACACCUUGAAAAGUAGGAUCCGGGCCAGUGAUGUCAAGGUCACUGAAAAUUACCCAUGUGAGUGGGGAGGUGUUGUGGAAGGGAAACCGUACCUGAAAAACCUGGAGGACUUUGGGAAGGCUGUGCUGGAAGACCUUUGGAUCGCAGUUGUGAAGCAGUUUGUGGAAGAGGGUGAGGAGGCCGAGGCUGCGUCAGACGUGACUGAGCAGGAGGUGCACCAGGGGGCGCUGCAGAGGCAGUUCUUCGGGAGGGCGAAGCUGCUGUCUGGAGCUGUGGAGAUGGUGGAGCAGGUCCAGACCAAAGGAGGGAUGAUGGUGGUGGAGGGAGGACCUGGAGAGGGCAAAACUGUCUUCAUGGCUGCUCUAGCAGACGCCCUCAGGACUGGAGUCAAGUCCAGGAGAAACCUGGUCUGCGAUGUCAUCUUCUACUCUACAGCUGCCAGCCAAUCAGCACGCUCUGUGGAGAACCUUGUUCGCUGCCUGGUUCAGUGGUUCAGGAAAAUGAAAGAUACUGAGAAGGAAUCACCUCUUCCCCACUCUUACAAAGAUUUGCUGUCAGAAUUUCACUCCACGCUGAGUGACAUGAAGCAGAACAAACCUCUGGUGCUGAUAGUUGAUGGCGUGGAUGUUGUUCAAGAUGGCGGAGGUCAAGUCAACUCUGACUGGAUACCACAGCAGCUUCCGCAGGGUGUGUGUUUGGUCGUAAGCAUCACAUCUAAAGCGACUCUGUUACAAACCCUGGCCAAGAAGAGAAGCACUGUCCUGUUUACCCUGGGACAGCUCACCGUGCCGGACCGGAAGGAGAUAGUUCAGAAGGGACUGGACACCUUUGGGAAGAAGCUCAGUGACUCUGCAUUCAACAACCAGCUCCAGAUGCUGAUAAUGAAGAAAGGAGCAGCGAGUCCUCUCUACCUGCACCUGGCCUGUGAAGACCUGAGGAACUUUGCCUCCUUUGAUCAGCUGAAGGAGAGCCUGCAGAGCCUGCCCCAGUCUCUGAGCCUGUUGGUGCAGCACAGCCUGGACAGACUCUGCUCCCAGUACAGAGGCAUGCUGGGACUCCGCUGGACCCUGGCAGUACUCACCGUCAGCCCUACAGGCCUGAGGGAGAGAGACUUGUACUCUGUGCUGAACACGUGCAAUGACCUGUCCUCACGGGACGGCCAGGUGUCAUGGCAGGAAGUGCUGCAGCUGUCCAGGAAGCCCAAAGGACGCAUUCCCAUGGCAACUUUCACUCGUAUAGCCCAGAGUUUACAAAGUCUGAUUGGUCCGUCUCAUUGCCACGACACCGACGACCUGCUGGCUCUAACAAACCCGGAGGUGAGGCUGGCCUUUGAGGACUUUCUCCUCCCAGCAGAAAGCGACAGGACCAGAGCUCACCUGGCACUGGCAGCUCAUCUGUGGGCACUAGCUGACCCCCAGGGAACAGACACCUUCCUCCACUGUGAGGCCAACUCUGUUAUGCACCUGCCCUCCAACCUGAUUCAAAGUGGCCAACUGGAGGAGCUCCAUUCCCUGCUCUCCAGCUACUAUUUCCUGUAUGCUAAUGUUCGCCACAGCCUCCUGCACCACCUCCUGGAGACCUACAGCUUGUACGAUAAGAAGUGUACCUCUGCACCCUCGUUUGGUUUCCAAGACUGCCGGAGUUUCCUGCGGCGUCAUGCCGCCCUGCUCUCCUCCUGGCCGCCUCUUUUCAUUCAGCAGGCCCUCAACGAGCCUCCAGAGACGUCUGCUCACACCUGGGCGCAGGGCCUGGUGGGAAAAGGAGGGGUCCGGGUGGUUGAGUGGUUAAACAACAAAGAUCAGAUUGUUCAAGAGACCAGUGAGCUGGUGUCCACCUUCUCCUCUGAGCCGACCUGUUUGGUUGCGAGUCCGGAGGGAGAGCUGAUGGCGGUCGGUACUGGGCAGGGAAUGCUGCAUUUCAUCGACGCACAGACGGGACAGAAGGUGAAGUCACUGGUGAGCAGCUGUGACGGCAUCUCGAGCUGUGUCUUUCGGAAGGACGGACAUCUUGUUACGACCUCCUUCGAUGGACGAAUAGAGAUGUGGGACAUUGUGACUGGCUGCAGGACUGCUCUCAUUGAUGGCCACACUAAUAUGAUAACAGCAAGUGAUAUCAGUGCAGACCAUAAGCACCUUGCCACCGUGUCUCUGGACUUCAUGCUGAAAGUGUGGUCCUCUACUAAAGGUCAUGAGGUAGCAGCCCUGCUCAGCUCCAGCCCUUUGAACUGUGUGACCUUUGACCCCGAGGGUCACCUGCUGGCUGCUGGUUGCUGGAAUGGGAAAGUGAUCGUGUGGAACUGGCUCCAGAAUAAAACUCAAACGCCUCUGUGUGGUCACCAGCGCUCAGUACGCAGUCUCUCCUUCUCCUCCUCCUCCUCCUCCAUGCUCUGCUCUGGCUCUAUAUCUGGAGAGGUCAGGGUGUGGUCGGUGCCCACCUCCACCUGUCUCGGAUGUUUCCAGGCUCACCGCGGAGCAGCAGAGGUCCUCGCCUUCCUGGACGAAGGAGCCAUGCUGCUCACUGGCGGCUCAGAUCACAUGCUCCAGCUCUGGUCAGGUGGACUUGGACGCUCAGUCACUGCAUUAAAAUACGAUAAAUGUGAAGAGGAGCCUCCUCAGAAGAAGCUGAAGUCAGUAAAGUCAGUCUGUGCUGCUCUGUGUGUGGCUGUAAAUGGAGACUACGCUGCUGUUGGAUACCACAGUGAAGGAAUCAAAAACUUCAGUCUUGAUACAGGUGAGAUGACCUGGGCCUCCAGCGAAUACGACAUGUCCAUCCUGUGCCUGCUGUGGGUCGUUUUGGACGCAGAGCAGACCGAACCUGAGCUGCUGGUGUCUGGAGGAAGCGACAAACGUCUGAGGGUCUGGAGGAGAGAAGAGGGAGAGGAGGGAAUGAACGGGCGCCUGAAAGCAUCUGGAAUGUUUGCUAUGCAACGAGGCGCCAUCCUGGCACUGGCUCAAAACUCCACUUACUUGGCUUCUGCUUCAGACGACUUCACCAUUGUUUUGUGGUUGUUGAGCGAUCUGGCCGUUGACACUGAUCUGGAGCCUCAUGCGCUGCUGAGGGGCCACAGUGGAGGAGUCACCUGUCUGGCUUUCAGCCCUGAUGGUGGACAGCUACUGUCCGGUGGAAAAGAUCAGGCCCUGAUGGUGUGGGAUGUGAACUCGUCUCCUGCUGCUCUCUCUAAGUCGCUCCCUCACUCUCACAGAGACUGGAUCACCGGCUGUGUUUGGACUCCAGACUGCGUGAUUAGCUCCUCAAACGAUGGGAGGCUUUGUUUAUGGGAUCUGCAGGCAGGCCAGUGUGUCAGAGAAAUCUCCUGGAGGAGUCCUCUUACCUCUGUCUGCUGUCUGGGACAGUAUGUGAUGGCCGGCUGUGCAGAGGGAGCGCUGCACGUGUGGAACUGGGAAAACAACAUAGAAAUCUGCCACAUCACUGCCCACAGGCAGCGGAUACACCACUGCUCUCUCCUCACAAAUACAAACAAGAAUAUUGAAGUCAACCCAGAGGAAAUUACUGUAUUUACUGCAUCUGAUGACAGCACAGUGCAGCUCUGGAAACCACUACAGAUGGAGCACUUCAGCACCUUCAACGGUCACAGCGGUGCGAUUCGUGGAGUUGUUCGCAAGCAAGGAGCCGCAGAAUUCCUCACCGUUUCUGAAGACUGCUCAGUGCAAUGCUGGACAUGGACGACAAAGAGUCCUCUCAGCCUCUCUGGCCCUGUCACAGCCGUGUGCUUCUCUCAGAAAGGCGACUGCUGUCUUGUUGGUUAUACGUCCGGUUUGCUGGAGCUGUGGCAGCACAACACAGUGGUCGGCCACAAGCAGGCUUCAGGCAGCACCAUCACAGCGAUCUGCCCCAUGCCUCACGGCCAGUUUGCUGUCAGCUACAUGGAAUGUUUUGUUGACGUGUGGAAACUGAUGUGGAAUGAACAACACAGCACUGCAAGCCUGGUGAAGGUAACCACGCACACAGUGUCUAAGCCAGUGGUCCAGCUCUGCUACUGCUCUACCCUGAUCGGUGUGUCCGAGUCCGGGAUCAUAUUCGACAUCAGCUGCCCUGAUGAAGACGACUGGAGGCGCAAAGUAUCAAACUGGGAGCAACAAGUCAGAAUUUUGAGUCUGACCCGUAACGAUGAGAAAAGCCUGUGGCUGUUCGGCGAAGCAAACGGAAACAUUCACAUUGGCUUCCUUUUUACCAUAGGCUCCAAAAGUUGUCUAUAUUCAGCUUUCAGUUCGGUGGAACUGGAGUGGGAGGAGGCGGAGGAGGAGAAGGAUAAGAACAGAAGCCCCAUAACAGCUGUAACUGUGGACAGAGAUUUCAUGGUGUGUGGAGACAUGAAGGGAAACAUGUGGUUCAACCAGCCUGCAGAGGUUUCAUCAUGGAGCAGCAGAAAACCUGCUCACAGUGACAGGAUCAGUGUGCUGAAACUCACCAACAGCACCAUCGUCUCAGCCUCCUACGACAGGACAGUGAAGCUGUGGGACAGAAUCACCAAGAAACAGGUGGGUAUCUUUGUGUGUGGAGGUCCUGUCCUGGUUUUGGAGGUGAAUCCAGAAAAACCCACUGAACUAGUUUGUGGUGAUGGACAGGGAAAGAUCUACUUUCUCUCCUGGAGGGAAUAAUCCUCUCGAUCUUACACACAAAAUUCAGGAUUUAGGAAAAACUCUAUCAUUACAAUAACCAAAGAUUAUAGAAAUGUUGUGCUUCUUUUUUGUUUCAAUGAAAGUAAAUGUGCAAUAAAAUGUAUAACUAAAACAAGUUGAAAUAUUAACAUCUCAUACACAGGGUUGACUGUUUUACAGUUGUAAUUAUGUUAUGUCUACAUGUGCCUCUAAUUAAAAUGAUUAGAAACUUGCAAAUAUAACAAGCAAGUAUAAAAACAAGCUAUAAAAAUGUUAUGUUAUAGUUUCAUGCAAGCUUAAUUUAUGAAUGGGUUUUUUAUUUGAAAAUUAUAAUGGAAUGAAAAUAGGAAGGUGUGAUGAGAAACAUUUGAAUUGGAAUGAGUUCAUUAACCCUAAUGGAUAUUUUCUUUGACAAUAUGACAAUAAAUCAUGUGCAGUUGACACUUUGUUGUUUGGUUUAAUAGAGAAACAUGAGUUUACCUAUAAAAAUAUUCUAUAAAAUACUUUAUUCAUGUUUAACUAAUUUGUCAGUGAUAGAUCUAGAGCUACUAGCAUUUCUUUUGAUAAACGAAGGGGUAGCGACUGUCAUGUUAUUGUCAGAUUUUGGCGAGACCCUCUGAAAUGGUGAGAGAUGAAUGUCAGACAUGUAAACAGCUUAUCAUCUGCGUGUAUGCAAGCUCAUUUUAUCAUCUGUUUUACAACUCUGUUAUCUGUUGAUAAUGAGCCACAGUAAAACAUGUUAAGUAAAUAAAACUAGACAUUGAAUUGAUAUGAUUUCACCAUUAAAUAAAUUUAAAGAUGGAACCAUAAAAAUCACUAUUUAAUCUUAA